AUGACAUCAAUUGCACGCAUCGCCUUCCUGGCCGGCCACGCUACGCACGACGACGAUCUCCCCCCCCUUUCCACUCAACGGCCUUCCUGGCCGGCCACGCUACGCGCGCAAACGAUCUCCCCGCCUCUCUCCUCAACGGCCUUCCUGGCCGGCCACGCUACGCACGCAAACGAUCUCCCCGCCUCUCUCCUCAACGGCCUUCCUGGCCGGCCACGCUACGCGCGCAAACGAUCUCCCCGCCUCUCUCCUCAACGGCCUUCCUGGCAGGCCAGCCUACGCACGACGACAGCCUCCCUGCCUCUACGCCACGGCCUUCCUGGCCGGCCACGCUACGCGCGCAAACGAUCUCCCCGCCUUUCCACUCAACGACCUUCCUGGCCGGCCACGCUACGCGCGCAAACGAUCCCCCCCGCCUCUCUCCUCAACGGCCUUCCUGGCAGGCCAGCCUACGCACGACGACGAUCUCCCCCCCCUUUCCACUCAACGGCCUUCUUGGCAGGCCAGCCUACGCACGACGACAGCCUCCCUGCCUCUACGCCACGGCCUUCCUGGCCGGCCACGCUACGCACGCAAACGAUCUCCCCGCCUUUCCACUCAACGACCUUCCUGGCAGGCCACGCUACGCGCGCAAACGAUCCCCCCCGCCUCUCUCCUCAACGGCCUUCCUGGCAGGCCAGCCUACGCACGACGACAGCCUCCCUGCCUCUACGCCACGGCCUUCCUGGCUGGCCACGCUACGCGCGCAAGCGAUCUCCCCGCCUUUCCACUCAACGACCUUCCCGGCAGGCCAGCCUACGCACGACGACGACCCCCCUGCGUUGCCACUCAACGACCUUCCUGGAAGGCCACCUUACGCACGACGAUCUCCCCGCCUUUCUCCUCAACGGCCUUCCUGGCAGGCCACGCUAUACACGCAGGCUACGCACGAAGACCUUCCUGGCCUCCCAUUCUGCGAUACCAAUGGCCGGGGGUGCGCGCCCUUCACUCAACGGGCUGCUUGGCCGCCCAACCUGCCCUCUCACUUCCCUCACGCGCCUCAGGCGUGGUCGACGCCCGCGAUCCACGGCCUUCCACUCAGUAGGCAUCCUGCCCGUCUGCAUGUUCAUUGAAAUAUGGCAGCUUCGCGAGCCGCGCCCAUCACCUUCCUGGACGCCCAUCUUGCGCUCGACUUGCUGCGCCAACUCUCGACUCGACCUCGCCUCUACGGGGGCCUCCCAGACGCCCACUCCUACUUACGAGCAACGAAGGUAA